UUGCAGCCCAACAACGUCACUUGCUCAUCCAAUAUGGAGCAAGCCAUCAUUGAAGAGUUUUGUCUCGGAGCUCGUCAAGGAAUCGUCCUUUGUACUGAGCUGCUCAAGACAUGGAUUAGACUGAUUUUGAGCAGAUGAUAACCAAGAAGAAGAAGGGAAAAGGCAAUAGCAAAAGGAAGACUUCAUUACGGAUAGGUGUUAAUGCUGGUUCCGUAACCGUUUCCCUUCAUUAUUUGGUAUAUUAAUUUUGAGUGUAUCAUGAUCCAUUUGUUAGAUAUACGAGUUGGCACCAAAAUGAAGCAAUCUAAGAGGAAUGUAACAAAAAUGGUAAGCUUGCUUUGCACUCGUAUUCGCCGGCCAGUCGGCACAUUAGUUGUCUUCGCCGAAGAAGUGAUGAACUCUGCAUUCCCAUUCUCGAAUAAAGAAGCUCCUCGCAACGUUAAAUGAGGCCGAAGCUUGGGAUUGACAUGGUUUACGUUUGGAAUGCUCCCUGUAUAUAAACCAUUUUUAAAAAAAUAAAAAUAAAAAUCCCAAACCAGGGUCUAUGAAACUUGUUUCUAUAUUCUGCAAUAUUCAAUAUCAGCAGUAGUAAGGCGAUGCACAGAGUAGAGCUCUUAUGAACCGACUGAAGCAAAUCCAUGCCUACACUCUCAGAAAUGGCAUAGACCACACCAAAGUCCUCAUCGUCGAUCUCCUACAAAUACCAAACAUCACUUAUGCCCACACCCUGUUCGACCUUAUUCCCAGACCAAGUGUCUUCCUCUACAAUAAGCUCAUUCAAGCGUAUUCAUUUCACGGUCCUCAUCAUCAUUGCAUCUUUCUAUACACCCACAUGUGCCUUCAAGGCUGCUCUCCCAACCAACACACCUUUACCUUCCUCUUCGCCGCUUGUGCUUCCCUUUCCGUUCCUCCCCAAGGCCGAAUGCUCCAUGCCUGUUUUGUUAAAUCAGGUUUCAAAUUCGAUGCGUUUGCCUCAACUGCUUUAAUUGACAUGUAUGCUAAACUGGGUUUGUUAGCUUCAGCGCGUCAGCUGUUUGAGGAAGUGACGGUUAAGGAUGUACCAACCUGGAAUUCGAUUAUUGCUGGUUAUGCAAGGUCUGGCAACCUAAAGGAAGCAUUAGAAUUGUUUAGGAUGAUGCCUUCGAGGAAUGUGAUUUCAUGGACAGCUGUGAUAUCUGGAUAUUCGCAGAGCGGGCAAUAUGUAAAUGCAUUAGAGAUGUUUCUGAGGAUGGAGAAGGAGAAAGAUGUGUCCCCAAAUGAAGUUACCAUAGCUAGUGUUCUUCCAGCAUGCGCAAACCUUGGGGCAUUGGAGAUUGGGCAGAAAAUUGAAGCAUAUGCAAGGGAAAGGGGGUACUUGAACAACAUGUUUGUAAGUAAUGCAUUAUUGGAAAUGUAUGCAAGGUGUGGUAGAAUUGAUACUGCAAGGCGGGUAUUUGAUGAGAUUGGCAGCAAGAGAAAUUUGUGCACCUGGAAUUCAAUGAUUAUGGGCUUGGCUGUCCAUGGAAGAUGCAAGGAAGCCCUUGACCUUUUCCAUGAAAUGCUAAGAGAAGGAACUGCACUAGAUGAUGUCACAUUCGUGGGAGUUCUCUUGGCAUGCAUUCAUGGAGGCUUGGUGACUAAAGGUCGGGAGCUUUUUGAAUCAAUGGAGAGAAACUUCUGCGUCACUCCCAAAUUAGAACAUUAUGGAUGCAUGGUUGAUCUCUUAGGCCGUGCAGGAGAAUUGAGCGAUGCUUAUGCUCUCAUUCAGAAUAUGCCAAUGAAACCAGAUUCUGUAGUUUGGGGGGCUCUUUUGGGGGCUUGCAGUUUCUAUGGUCGUGUGGAGCUGGCCGAAAUAGCAGCCAAAUCCCUCUUUGAGCUUGAGCCAUGGAAUCCAGGAAACUACGUAAUUCUUUCUAACAUAUAUGCAUCGGCAGGGCAAUGGGAUGGAGUUGCAAAGCUUAGGAAGCUGAUGAAUGGAAGUCAAAUUAUCAAGGCAGCAGGAUAUAGUUUCAUUGAAGAUAGAGGAGAAAUCCACGAGUUCAUUGUGGAGGAUAGAUCUCAUCCAAGGUCCAACGACAUAUAUGCAGUAUUAGAUGAAAUUUCAACUAAGAUGAAGCUGAAUGGAAAGGCAGCUGAUUUUGAUUCUCUAAUUCAAUAUUCAUGUGAAUAAUGAAGCAAAGUAGAUUUUUUGUUUUUAUUGAGUUAAUGCUGUAAGUUUUCCUUUUCUCUUAAAUUUUUUCUAUAAAAUGCAACAGGCAAGUUUGGGCA